AUGUCUGACAAUAAUCCACUUCCUUUGCUUGAAGAAAUUAAUAAAUGGGGCCCGAGUGCUGUUAUUAGUUUUCUGGAGUCUAGAAAAGAGCUUUUUCUUGAUAAUGAUGAUAUUAAGGCAAUUAGAACAAGUAAAAUAACUAGUUCAGAUUUCCUCAACUAUAGCACUGAAGAUUUUCGAGAAUGUGGGUUGCAAGUAGGGCUGGCAAAAAGAAUCACAAAAUUAUCUGAGGAAUUGAGACCAAAGAUUUGCAACGUCACUUUCAAAUAUCAAGUAAAAGAAAACAAAACAGUAGAGUGCAACAGAAGAGACCAUAUAGUGUCGAUAAUAUAUUAUUUGUUGACAGAACUAACUUUGAAACUAUUGCAAGAGCAUGCACAAAAGGAGUUUAAGUUUCUGGCGACGACACAUGACGAAAUUGUGAUCAAAUACAAUAAAUCCAUUUUAAGCAAUGAUAUUACCGUAAGGUCUAUAUUCAAGACGAAAGAAAAUAUCAAAUUAAUCGUUACAUUAGAUAAGAAGUACUUUUCUAGUUAUAAAAAUUUGCGAGAAGUUCUCCAAAAACAUGGAAUCGACAAUGAUGAAGUGCAUAGUAUACCAGUGUUUUUUCCUAAUUGUGAAAAUGAAAAAAAUUAUACAGAGGUAUUUGAGGAUUGUGUAAAGGAAAUAAAGGCUAGAUUGUCAGCGAUUGGCAAUGUGGGUAAUCAGAACGAAGCACAGCGAAGCCACUUUAUUACGUCGAUAUUAGUUUCGGCGGUAAAUUCAGUUCCAAACACCAUCUUUUGUUCACAGUUUAAGAUUAUUGGAGAUGUAUCUGUUGGCAGGGUAGAUUAUACAAUAAAGAAAAUUUAUCCGCAAUUAGUAGGUAGUGGGUUUGAAGAAAUUGUCUGCAUCACUAAAGCAAAGCAAAUUGAUAUAAAAGUAUGCAUUGCUCAAAGCUUAAUGCAACUUGAAGGUUCAUUAGAUUCAAACAAAAACAAAAAGUGUAAGCUUGAUUAG